AUGGCUGAUGAAAAAGGACCAAACUCUUUAAGUGAAGUGGGAGUGGCGAUCAUAGACGAAAAAUCUCCUUUAAUCUCGGUUCAACUGGGCGAUUCAAGCAAUUCUGGAGACAAGUUAAAUUUUCCAGCUAAUUCAAGGUAGAGUCCUUGUCUUGAGGGGUGUGCAAUUUCUAUAACGUUGUCAGCUUUAUGCAAAUUUUCGCAGUUGUCACUCUACUUUGUGCAGUGCCGUAAAUUUCUCAGCUAUUAAAACUAGCGGAGUGAAUUUGAAAGCGAUCUUCGCAGUAAUGAAAUAAACUAGCGGAAUUACGCCAUAAUCGAAUCUUGACGGUUAAAUCCAACGGAAGUAUGACAUUUGCGGAAAUAGGUAAUGAUAGCAUUUCCAGACAGUUUGAAUUUGAUGGGAGUGUAGGCAUCUCUGUUUAUACUUUGGUGCGCGGGAAAAAAACUCACUUGGAGUAUUUUAGUCCUUCGAUGCACCUGCAGAGCAUGUGUGUGUAAGAUCAUUUCCGCGGGAGAUUAAUCUAACACCAAAAAUAUAGAGCCCCCUAAACUGAGCUCAUGGUACAAGUAAAAAGCCUUGUCAAAAAUGAUAAUUUGUGGCCUUUUUGCACAACUUUACAACAGUUUAAAGUAAAUGGCAAUUUAGGAAAUACCAUGGACUAUUUGGGGGAGUUUACGUGUAGUACACACUUAAUGCAAACCAUAACAUGGCUCGCACAAGUUGUUUAUCUCCCAGUUGUUCUACGAGGGACCACAAUUUACCUAAUUAACCUGGCUUCAAGUUGAUUUUAUGUUACUUUGAGAAUGAUAACUGGAGAGUAAGAGUAAUUUAUCAGAAAUCAUCAUAAAAUGAAAGGUCAUUCAUUUAUGUUGGCGAAGCAGCCGACACGAACUGUUCACGUGCCGCAAUGGAUUUUGAAAGCUCAAGGUAGUGGAUAGCUUGUAAUUGAGGAGGUACGUUACCGUGAUCUCAAAGUCUAUUUAGCUUUAUCAAAUCCUUUUUUUUCUCACAUGAUAAGCACGCUCGAUAUUCUUUUUAUUUUACGUUGAGUGGUACAAUGGACUUGGUGCAAACUGGAUUUUCAAUACGGAUUUUAAACACUUGGUCUAUGGAACGUAGACAUCUGAAUCGGAGCAAGUUAGAGUAAAGCAUUGUCUUCGUUUGAAUUGGUUUUGUUUUUAUUUUAUUACUCUUUAGUAAAAGAAACCAAAAUGGCAUCACAACAGGAAAUUAUGCUCAAACAAGGAAACCCUUCAAUCUUAAUUCUUUCAAGAAAGCAAUUGUGUCGUCCUUGGAGUAUUGGGACUUGGCAGCCAAGUUCAAUCGUUAUAGAUACAUCUCUCGCUUAUCUAAUCACAAUGUGGUAAGUAAAUCAUUAUUUAUGGAAAUUUCACCAUGCAUGCUUGUAAGGCUUCAAAACUAGUCUGUCUAGUGUAUUAUUUUAACUCCUUAGGUAAACUUCAUAAGUUUGUGCUUUUCCCCUUUCAUAGAUAAUUCCAAGUCACCUGCUUCCAUCUCAGUCUGUUGUCACAAAAGAGAGGAAUGAGAAACAAAGCAGCCUUGUCACAAUGUAAGACUAAUACCCCAUUCACACCAGCAAAACAUGUUAAGUUAAACUGGGUUUAACCCUUUAACUCUCACAUGAGUGACCAAGACAGAAUUUCUUCUUACAAUAUCAAUACAAUAUAAAACAGACAAGUGAUGGGAAUAGAGAAAAAUAUACCAAUUCUUCAAAAUAACAUCACAAGAAUUGUAUGGCAGACAGUAAGGAGAAUCACUUAGAGGAUCUUGAGAGUGAAGGGUUACCUAAAUGGAAAUCAAAAGUAGGGAACUGAAAAAACUAAGUUUUCUCUAAGGUUUAAGUGGCCACUAACUUUUAUUUUCAUGUGCUAAAUUUGAAGUUGACAAACAUGGCCUUAAGCAGCUGCUAUGAAGAAAAAGGAUUUCAAACCUGUUAAACAAAACAGCUUUUGUGAAUUUAAAGCUUUGUUGUGAAUGGGUUAUGACUAAAUACUUCACCUAGUCUAUAUAAUGAACUACCUCUAACCUAACUAAUAAUAAUAACUGCCUAAUUGUCCUGUUGUAAACAAUGUAUGUAUUUCUUCUACUAGAAGUUUUUUUGGUUUAAGCCCUGUUUCAUUAAGGAAAACUGGUUUUGUGCCCCUUAGUCUCUAAACCAUGCUUUAGAAUUUCUAAUGUUGCUUUUGAGGUGAGAGUGGUAUUUUGAAACUGAUGAUUACAAUGCUGAAAUUUACAUUUAUCUGCACUCAAUUUUCUGCACUUCUCUAGCAGUACUCACCUUUGUAUGAUUUGAAUUUCAAUAAAUGUAUUUAUUUCCCAGCUUUUCCAUUUGGAACACGAUGAUGGGCACAUCACUGUUGAGCAUGCCAUGGGCUAUCAAUCAGGUUUACAGCUAUGUUGCGCCUCUAUUCCUGGAUAAUUUACUACUAACAGUAACUUUACUAUAAUCAUGAAAUCAUUGUUAUCCAAAGUUAAUUGUUUACUCUGUUUCAAUGACCUGAAAGCUACUUAAUAUUUAAGCUGAAUUUCUGUCUAUUUUUUUCAGGCUGGAUUUGUUCUGGGUACCAUUCUUGUGAUAGUAAUGGCUGGAAUUAUUUUUUACACCUGCUACUUGAUAAUAAAGUGUUCACAAGAGAAAGGUAUUGUGUAAUUUAGCCUCUUAUCCUAUUAAAUCUUGUGAUCUGAUUAUUAAUUUUUCCUUGUAGCUGAUACACAUUUCCUUGUAAAUUAGUUGGGAGAAUUUGGUGUGAGAUUAAUUCUACCUGAUAAUUUUGAGUAUUCUCAUAAUUAGUUUGGUGGGUGAUGUCUGGAUAUUAUAGGGAGAAGUAAUUUGUUAAUCACUUGUGGGAGUUAGGCAUUGAAAUGUGACAGACUAUGCAUUUUGAUAUUCUGCUUCACUACUCUUUUAAUUGUUGACAAAAUUAUAUUAAUUUCAUUGACAUUUAAUGUUGUAAGGUUAUAGCUGACAAAAGUCUAUCCCAAUUAUUUUAAUAUAAAAUAAUGUAUCUACUUUUGAUAAUGCCAAAUUUGAAGUUCAACUCUAGUACUAAGGAACUUAUCAAUUAAAUUACCUCUUUUGUCUCUUUAGUGGAGCAUGGAGAUGUUGUGGAAUUUUCUGCUUUAUGUAGAGAGUAUCUUGGUAAACCUGGAGAGCUCAUUGCAGUAUUGUUUUCAGUGGCACCUCUUGUCAGCGCAGUCAUUGUAUUUUGGGUUUUAAUGAGCAACUUUCUCUUCAACUUUGGAAAAUACAUCCAAGGUAAGGUAUUUUAUAAGUAUGGUACAUGACUUAUGACUAACCGUAACAACUGUUUAUUCAAAUAGUUUUUCUUUCCUCCUAUUUAGAAAACAUAUUUUCAGUUGCACUAGUGAUCAACUCUUCAACCACUUUGGAAGGUAGCAAAAAGUUUAUGUCUGCAUUCAUAGAGUAUUAUUUUUUAUGUGCUAUUUGCCCAACAAAUUUACUUGUGGCAUGAUUCUUCAUGAGUUCAUUUUGAAUUUUUCUUCAUUUUCAUCGGCUUUAUCCAUCUACCUGUUAGAAACAUUUUUGGUAAAACCCUUUAAAUACUUUAUAUAAAUACUUUGUUGAGCUCUCUGCUCAUGUUAUCCAUACACUUUUUUUCAGUGCUUUGCCCAGGUGGCUACAGUGCAGGGGUAACUUCUUCAAAUAGCUCAGUUAUUCAGGAUGAAAAUUCAUUUUGGCAUGUUCAACACACCGUACCAUACUUGUUGAUUGCUGUCUUCUUUCCACUGUGCAGUGUCAGGUCACCAACUUUUUUCACAAAGUUUAAUUCUUUAGGUAAGGUAGUAUUAAGUUUCUGUGAUCAGUGUUGUUUAGUUUAUCUUUUUCUAUAAUGUCCUCAAUCUUUUUUUGUAAUCUCUCUCUCUUUUUUCUCUUCAAGCUCAGUCAAUUUAUAUAAUAGGUAACAGACAGGGAAUUUUAUAAUAUACUUACCAGCUCUUGUGUCAUAAAAUCUGUAGUAUAGUAAUGACAAAGAGACUUUUGCCUUUGAAAUAACAGUCGUUGAUGUUCUUAAUUCCUACCCUAAAAGAAACAGGAGUAAACAUGGGUACUAAUUGCAAUGGGUUACAACCUGUGGGCCCACUGCCCAAAACUAACUAUUUAUUCAUGCAAAAUGAUAUUUAUGUUGUUUAUGUAGUCUCAUGCCAACCACAACUGGAAAUCUCAAAAGUCACUUGUCGAGAACAUUUCAAGAGGUUGGGUUGGUGCUGGAAAGAGAAAUUUGAAAAAGAAUUGGCAUGAAAAGAAUAGUAUAGAGCUAACAUGUCUCCAUACAACUACGGGAGUAGCAUUUACUUUUAAGCUUGACUUCAGUUGGCUUAAACAUUUGGACUGCAUCUGAUAGAAUGCUAUUCUUGAAUGGGCUGUUUCUAGUUACCUUUAUACUUUUCUCUACACAGGAACUGUGUCAGCCAUCUACAUUAUCAUCUUCACUAUUAUCAAAGCCAGCAUAUGGGGAGUCAACCUGGACUUUAACAAAAUACCAAGUAAGAUCUUAAAGCUAGUGCUGAUUAAAAAAAGUUUAAAUAACACCUGUAAAAGAUACUGGUACUUAAGUUAGAGCAAGAAAAAAAAAACACUUAGUAAGAUAUAAUUUAGGUUUACAGAAUAGUAGAUAGAUGACCAAUUAAGAAAUGUUAUUAAAUAAUAACAUUACACAAAUCCUAGUCCAAGCUUAGAAGGAUGGUCUCAAUCCUUUACGUCCUAACAUCACUUUGCAUAUUCUCCAUAUUGUUCCCAAUACAUUUCCUAGGGUGCAGACAAGGAGAAUUUGUUAAAUUAUCAAGAGGUCCUUCUGUAGUUGAUGAUCUUUUUCUCUAUUGUCAUGAAUUUAAUGUUUGAUUCAGUGGUGUUACUGUAAGGAGAAAUAAGAUGGUAGUCACUCUUAGGGUGAAAGGGGUUAAGUAGAAAGAAGAUUUCUGUGUAACAUUUUUUUAAAACUGUAAAGCAGCAGUUUAUUUGUUAUUUUCUUAGCUUUAUAUUUUUUACCUUAAUUUUGUUUGGGAGUAUGUGUCCAAGAUUGGCAAUAGUUCAUAAUAAAGAAGUAAUGUCUAUCAUUAUUUGUAGUUAUAUGGGAUAUUUUUAUACUAACAUGUCUCCCAUUUCUUCUGUUGUAGUGUUCAAGGCUAGUUUUCCUGCCCUAACAGGUUUACUUACUCUGGCCUACUUAAUUCACAACUGUAUUCUAUCAAUAAUGAGGAACCAGGAGAACCCUAAAAAUAACGUAAGUGAUCCAUAUUUUUGAAGGUUGCUCUCAAGUGUUUAUUUAUUUAGUUUUGCCCAACUAUAAUGCAAUAGUAUUAAUUAAAUACAAUACAAUAGUGUUAAUGAAGUAUUUUAAAUUGAAGUUUCUGACUCCUAGGGGUAACUAGCUUCUAAUGCCUCCUCAUAACAUCACCCCUGAAUCACACCUUAAAGUUAUGAGAGUAAAGGAAAUGAUCACCAGUUAAAGAAGCUCUUAAAUUUUUAAACAAAUUCUCCUUGUCAGUGCCCUUGGGAAUGUAUGGAGAACAGUAUCAAGAACAAUAACAUACUGAUGUAAGAGUUACUCUUUUCUCUUCUUUCAUUUCAGGAACGAGACCUCAGUGUAGCUUUCUGUCUUGUAGCAUUUACAUAUACACUUGUUGGAGUGCUGUUCUUCAUUUCUUUUCCUAGAGAAAAAGAUUGUAUUCAACAGGUAAUAUAUCCUACCAAAAGUUGUGCAUGACUGUAUUUAGAGAUGUACAGAUUUACUAAAAUAUAUCCCUACAAGUUAUGUGCCCUUGUGGUGGAUGCACCCUAAACAAUUCCUUUGCACUUUUGUAAAUCUUUAGUGUCUGAUUUUAAGAGAGUAUGCAGCUAUCAAAGCAAAAGGUAACUGGGCAAUUAGCCUGAGACUGAAUGAAAGGAAAAUUUAUUAAAAUUGUUUUUAAUUACCUCAAUCAAUUUUUAGGUUCUUCUUGAUAACUUUCCAGCUGCAGACGUUAUGACAUUUAUAGCUAGGCUCUUUCUUCUGUUUCAACUUACCACCGUGUUUCCUCUGGCCAUGUAUGUCAUACGUGUGCAGUUCAUGUUAUAUUUCUUCAAAAAAACCUAUCCCAGGUGAGUUUGUUUCUAGAUCUUCUGCCCUGCAUGUGCUCAGGUAACAGGUUGCAAAAUAGUUUUUGUAGUGUAGCAAUAUACUUUUUUUAGUAUCCAAUGCAAUUUUUCAUACCUAAGCAAUAUUGCAUGUGUUCUACUAAGGUAACUUCUUCUCUUUUAAUUGAGCUGAUAUUCUUUUACACAGCUAUCUACAUGUGUUUAUCCUAAACUUUGUACUGAUUGGGACCUGUGUAUUAUUUGCUGUGGUCUACCCACAUGUUGGUGAUUUUAUCAGGUAACUAAUGGACAACCUAACUGUCAUGUGAGCAUGUGAUAUAUGGUAUUUAGAAAUUUUCAUGGAGGACCUUUUCAUUUUGUUUUAUAUUAUUGUUAUUUUAUCCCAUUUACAGGUAUGCAGGAUCAUUAAGUGGAGUGGCCUAUGAUUAUGCACUACCCUGUAUUGUGUACAUAGUGAUACAGAAGCAAAAAGGAAGGCUGUCUUGGCUGAGUGCUGGAUUCCAUUCUAUUAUUGUUUUGCUUGGGUUUGCUAACUUAAUGGCUCAGUUCUUCACUUCUGCUUGAGACUUUACUGAGAAAUUAAGUGGAUAAUGCAUGAAAGUGGUGGCACUCUAAAGGUGGUAAUAAGAAAACUUCAUUUGCCUUGAGUCUAGCUUGUCUUCUUUGCCAAAGGUGUUUGAAGUGUUCACAAAUGUUCCUAACUAUAAAUUUACAGGCAAGUUAUGAAUUGAUAAACUUUUUUGUUGCUACUAAGUGUUAAUGACCAGCAACUCUGCAUUGGUAGGUCACUGUUACAUAAUGACACAUAACAAACCUAAAAACCAUUUCUAAAUUUUUGCUACCAUGAAGACAUUUAUACCAUCACAAGUGAGGGUUUAAAAUACUUUGCAUCUCAUAGAACAGUGUGAUAGUUAUUAAGAGCACUUUAGAAAAGAUUAAGCAUAAGGCAAAUGUAUUUGCUUGUAAAUAAAAGAUGCUUUUAACAUAUUUUCAGAGUCAUAUCUCUGGAUAAUAUUUGUACUAUGUUAUCAUCAUGAUGUUUCAAUGACAACUUAUUAUCUUGGGUGUGUGUAUAUAUAUAUGUGUAUAUAUUGUAUGCAAUUUACUUAUUUGUUUUUCCUGAUUAUGUUUGAAUGACGUGGCCUUAUUUCCCAAAGACAGGGUCCAAGUUGUCUGUAAGGCAUCAAGCCAAAACCAUUACUUCAUUUUAAUACUUGAGAAAAAUCUUUGAAUUAUUAAGGUAAUUAAGAAGUUUCAGUUUUCAUGUAAUGGAAUAGUUUGAGAGUUACAAUAGUCUGGUGCCUGGGUGUUGAGGUUUAAAAGCAUUUUGUGCUAUUUUCAAUAUAAUUGCCAAAUAGCACUUUACUGGCUUUAUGGGUAUUAAUAGCAGUUACAUGUAUUUGCUUGAUGGCCAGUUUUGUGGAUUCAUUUGUUUUUAAAAUGUGUAUUUAGGAUUUUAUUUCAAAUAAUGGCUGAGCCAUGUACUGCUUCUUCCCUUACCAAGAAUAUAUUAAAAAAUGUGUGGUUUGAUUGUUUGUUUGAUGGAUGGGUAGAAAGUGAUUGCUUGAUUGCAGGCAUAAUCUGGAGAGACACAUGCAAUGCCCCUUUUUUUUAGGAAGGGACCACCGUGUUUUGGGAAAUGUAUGGUUUUAGUUAUUGAAAGUUAUGUUUAAAAAAUGGUCCCCUUCAGAGUAUUGUGGU